GAACGAAAGAUGGGCGACUGGAGUAUGCGUAGUAUCGAAAAAUUUUUUCGUAUCAUCAUGUAUAACACCCGUUAUAUAUUUAGAAGACGCAUUAGUACCGUACUAACUCUUGUAAGCGCUGCGUCAAAGAAGAAACAUUCACCCUUAAAAAAUGAUGAGCAAGACUUGCAUCCUUCGAGGCAAAUCGAUCGUUACGAAGGCUGGGAUAAAAGGAGACAGAAAUACAUGGAGAAGAUGUUUGACAACUGCAGCGUGUGUUGAGCCCAAGGGUCCGAGUGUCAAAACUGAAAUUCCUGGACCCGCUUCUCGACAGUUGUUUGAUGAACUCAAUAAAUUUCAGCAAGCAGCAACAGUCCAACUGUUUGCAGACUAUGACAAAUCAUCAGGGAAUUACAUGGUAGACGUUGACGGGAAUACACUAUUGGACGUCUACAUGCAAAUAUCAUCAGUACCCCUGGGCUACAACCACCCGGCAAUGCUGGAAGCUCUUUCGGAUCCUCAUAACCAAAGAGCAAUCGUCAACAGACCAGCUCUAGGUGUCUAUCCGGGUGCUGAUUGGCCGAAAAAACUCAAGGAUGUGCUACUUAGGCCUGGAGUCGCUCCCAAAGGCCUUGGAAAUAUUACAACUAUGAUGUGCGGCUCGUGUUCCAAUGAAAAUGCAUUUAAAAAUAUAUUUAUGUGGUACGCUGAGAAAAAUCGAGGUGGCAAACCUUUUACCAAAGAAGAAAUGGAAUCUUGUAUGGUGAAUCAAAUCCCUGGCUCGCCAAAAUACUCAAUUAUGUCAUUCCAAGGAGCAUUCCAUGGGAGAACUCUCGGUUGUUUGUCUACAACACACAGUAAAUAUAUUCAUAAACUUGAUGUACCUGCUUUUGACUGGCCAAUUGCUAGCUUUCCUCAUUAUAAAUACCCGUUGGAAGAUAAUGUUAGCCAGAAUGCUGCUGAAGAUAAACGCUGUCUUGCUGAGGUUGAAGAUUUAAUAGUUAAAUUUGACAAAGAAAAAAAUGUACCAGUUGCUGGAAUAAUAAUUGAACCAAUACAAGCAGAAGGUGGUGACAAUCAUGCUUCACCCGAAUUCUUCCAACAAUUACAAAAAGUAACUAAAAAAUACGAAAUCGCAUUAUUAAUUGAUGAAGUACAGACCGGUGGUGGUCCAACUGGUAAAAUGUGGUGUCAUGAACAUUUCAAUCUUCCAUCUCCACCAGAUGCUGUUACUUUCAGUAAAAAAAUGCAAUUAGGUGGUUAUUAUCAUACUACUGAAUUGAGACCCAAUCAAGGAUACAGAGUCUUCAAUACAUGGAUGGGUGACCCCAGCAAAUUAAUAAUGUUGGAAGCUAUAGUAAAUAUUAUCCAAAGAGAUAAUUUAUUGGGGAAAGUUUCAAAAGUUGGGGAUUACACUCUAGAUAAUCUCAAAAAAAUCGAGAAAGAAUUUUCGACGGUAAUUAAUUCAUCUAGAGGUAGAGGUACUUUUAUUGCUUUCAACGGAGCUACGCCUCAAAUACGUGAUCAGAUUGUCAAGAAGCUUUUGGCUAAAGGCAUCCAAGCUGGUGGAUGUGGCGCAAAUGCAGUUAGAUUAAGACCAGCUUUGACAUUUGAUCGCCUACACGCUGACAUCUUUUUGGAUGCAUUGCGUAAAGUUCUCAAAGAAUAAACUAAUCAAAAUUAUUAAACGUAUAAAAAUCUACAGUCUUCCAAAAAAA